UGAGCCAGUUGCAUAGUCGGAAAGUGCAGUUGAAGUAGUGAAUCGUCGGCGGCAACUAUCGGUGAAUCGGGCAAGUGGAAGAGUUGCGCAUACGAGUGCUCGUAGUUAUUGGCAAACAAUUUAUUUGAAAGAUAAUGCAAAAUAAUGUAUAUAAUAUAUAUUUAAUAAUAAUAAAAAAAAAAAUAUUUUUCAAAUAGUUAUCUGAAUUCUGUGCUUGUUUGGCGCCGUAAAGUAUUAGACUCGACUAUUGUAUAUACUCGUACGUACGUACAUGCAUAUGUACUAAUGUAAUUUGUGGGAUGUGAGAAUACGCGAAAUUGCUGGUGAAACAUUUGCUGGGCUACGUACAUAGCUAUUCAUGCACAAUACAUAUGUACAGAUAGUUCAUUAGGUUAAGAACUGAUCCAGUAUAGAAAUAAACUCCCUUCAAAGUCAAUUAUGGCAAAGAGAUCGAAGCGACGUGAUAAAAGUGACUUGGGACCCGACUUUGUAGCACCCGAUGGCGGCUGGGGUUGGGUUGUGUGCAUAGCAGCCGGUCUAAAUAAUCUUACCAUGUACCCACCGUUUCAGCAAUAUGGACUCAUUUAUCGUCAGCGCAUGGUCUCUCUGGGUUUUUCCGCUAAAGAGACAACGACAAUAGCAAAUAUUAUGUUGAGUUUGUCAUCGCUAGUUGGCAUUGUCAACGGUGCGAUGUUUCGACGCUACACUUUUCGGCAGGUUUCCAUUGUCGGCAGCAUUUUAAUAUUCACUGGCAUUCUCUUGUCGAUGACCUGUACCAAAUUUUGGCAGUAUGUGCUCUGUUUGUCCCUCAUAUAUGGCAUCGGUCAGGGCCUAAACGUGAGCGCCUUCUCUUUAGCUGUGAAUACGUACUUCAGAGAUCGACGGCGGCGUGCCAUAGGCUUUACCUGGACCAUCACCGGUUUGGGUCCAAUCAUAUUUCCGCACUUUACCUCGCUCAUACUGAUCUAUUACGGUGGUCAGGGCACAAUAUUGAUUUAUGCCGCAAUCUCGUUGCAUACGCUUAUGUGCGCCUUGACGCUGCAACCGGUGCUGUGGCAUACGGCGAAAAAGGCGAAGUCGAAAGUAGAAGAUCUACAGGAGACGAUCCCUCUAAGUAAUACUGCACCACAAGAUGGCGUUGUAAGCGAAAUGGUGCAGGAGUGCAAAUACUGUCAGUAUGUAAAGAAUGGCGGUAGCAGCACGCACAUAACGCAAUUCGAAUUCGACGACGACGAAGACGAGGACGAAGACUCGGACAUAGUGAGCUACGAGAUUACCGUACCCGGCACGCCACUAAUGUUGCCCUCCAAUGACGGUUGGUUUGGCUCGAAGUCGUCGCUACACAAAUCGGCGAGCACGACGCGCUUGAGACACAAAUUUGAGCGUCAAACCUCGAUUAGGGCUCCAAUCGCUGAAGUAGAGAGAGCCGAUGAUGUUGUUGAUGAUAACGACAACCAUGCCGAAUCGACUCAACGACCAAAUCAGCCGGUGUUACGCGAAAAUCACGCGCUAGACUUUCAUUGCACCUGCGCCGAGGAGAGAGUUCUUCAACAAAGCAAUAACGUAGAAGCGCUGAAAAGCGUGCAGCAGCAAACAGGAGUACUUCUAGCUAGUGGAGAAGAAGAAGAUUUAAAUCGUCGAAAAAUGAGUUUCAAACAGAAAAUAGUGAAGUUUUUUGAUUUGGACUUGUUGCGGGACUUAACUUUCGUUAAUCUGGUUGUGGGCAUGACGCUGAUGAUGUUUGCCGAGAUAAACUUCUCCAUACUGACACCCUUCAUUCUGAAUCAGUACGGUUAUACGAAUGAACAAAUCUCCACCGCCAUGUCCAUGUUAGGCGGCAUGGACAUCUGCGUACGCUUCUUGGCCCCAAUCGUUUUGGAAAAAGUUAAGCUGAGUAAUCAAGUUCUGUUUGCUUUCGGCAUCAUUGCGCUCACGCUCGGACGCAUGUUUGUUACGUUGACCGACUCCUAUCACGUUACUCUGGCAUUAUUUGUACUCAUCGGUUUCGGCAAGGGUUUCCGCACAAUCUUUUCCUCGCUAAUUAUACCAUCGUAUGUGCCACUGAAACGCUUGCCAGCCGCGUCGGGUCUACAGCUGGUUUGCAACACCUUAUUCUCGCUGUCUUUUGGACCGAUUAUAGGUGCCAUAACGGAUGCUACAAAUUAUACAAUAACAAUUCAUUUUCUCAAUUUGUUAACCACAACAGCUCUAUUAAUCUGGUUGCUCGAGUAUCUGGUGCGACGCAUGCUGGGUAUGAAGGCCAAGACAACCAUGGAAGAAUAGUUUAAGAUUGCUUUUGCGAAGUCCAAACGAAAUAGUUUAGAAUGGAGAAAAUAUUCAUAUGUGAUUAAGAUGCUUAAAAUGCUUUUUGUGGUAUUUAGUAUAUAUAUAUAAAUAUAUAUAUAUACAAUUUGUGAGGUGUAUUCAAAAAAUGAAUGUGGAGAUAAAUGCCAAGAGCUGAAGAAUCCACCAGAUGCAUACCCGUACUACUUCAAAUUCGAGAGGAAAAACUGUGGCAAAAGUAAAUUCUAUAUACCUGAAGGGCACUACUUUGAAAGGAACAAAGUAUAUAUGACUUGAUGUGUAGUAUAGUUUUUUUUAAACACUUUUAAAUUCACAUUAUUUUUUGAAUAUGCCUCACAUGUACAUGUUUUGUACAUAUAUUUUAUUUAGGUCAAUUCUAUAUUCAAUUUGGCUAGAUAUGUUAAUUGUAAAUAUCGAGAAUAGAUAAAAAUUACUAAUGUCAAAAAAAAACUUUAUAAAUAAAUAUAC